AGUACCAUAAAGAAGUAGAUCCACAAAAUUCUAUGUGUUUCUCUAUUGCCCCGCCCUUUCUUCGAUUUCACCAUCCUUGCACUCUCCUAGCUGUCCCCUUCUUCUCAUCCCCGGCGGACCACCCCACCCAUCACUGAAUUCUAAUCCACGCCUAGGGCUUGGGUUUGGGUUGUCGGAGAAGGAUUCCGGCCGGAUUUUGUGAGGGAUUAUUCCAUAUUUUUUUCGCAGGGAGGGAGUAUGGAUCUGGUGUCGCCGAGCACGCAUGGGAACGUGGACGAGCAGAUUUCUCAGCUUAUGCAGUGCAAGCCCUUGUCCGAGUCUGAGGUUAGAGCAUUAUGCGAAAAGGCUAAAGAGAUACUAAUGGAUGAAAGUAAUGUUCAGCCAGUGAAAAGCCCUGUGACAAUUUGUGGGGACAUUCAUGGGCAAUUCCAUGAUCUUGCUGAACUUUUUCGGAUUGGUGGGAAGUGUCCUGAUACAAAUUAUCUCUUUAUGGGAGAUUAUGUCGACCGUGGGUAUUAUUCGGUUGAAACUGUUACUCUUUUGGUAGCUCUGAAAGUGCGCUAUCCUCAGCGAAUUACAAUUCUUAGGGGAAACCAUGAAAGUCGACAGAUUACACAAGUCUAUGGGUUUUAUGAUGAGUGUUUGCGGAAGUAUGGUAAUGCUAAUGUUUGGAAGACAUUCACGGAUCUCUUUGACUAUUUUCCUCUGACUGCAUUGGUUGAAUCCGAAAUAUUUUGUUUGCACGGUGGGUUGUCUCCAUCUAUUGAAACCCUUGAUAAUAUAAGAAGUUUUGAUCGUGUUCAAGAAGUGCCACAUGAAGGCCCCAUGUGUGAUCUUUUGUGGUCUGACCCUGAUGAUCGUUGCGGUUGGGGUAUCUCGCCUCGAGGGGCUGGAUAUACCUUCGGUCAGGACAUAUCUGAGCAAUUCAACCAUACCAACAGUCUGAAACUCAUAGCCCGAGCCCAUCAGCUAGUUAUGGAAGGAUAUAACUGGAGCCAUGAACAAAAAGUUGUCACCAUUUUUAGUGCACCAAACUACUGUUAUCGUUGUGGGAACAUGGCCUCGAUUUUGGAAGUUGAUGACAGCAAAGAACAUACAUUUAUUCAGUUUGAGCCUGCUCCAAGAAGGGGAGAACCCGAUGUUACCCGGAGAACUCCCGAUUACUUCCUGUAAAGCAUCUGACAGUUGCUGAUUUGUAUUGUCUUACACUAUAGCUGGUUUUGUGCUACAUAUUCCAUAUGUUGAAGACUCGGUCAUCGUCUUGCGAACUAAGCUUUUGGGGGCCAAAGCCCGAGAGGGCAAGAGGCAUGUAAAAUGGUACAACACAAUGUCCCCCUCGAUUCAAGUUACAUUCUAACCUAUCUUUAGGCGUAAUAGAAGUGGGGAAAUCCAGCAGCUGCAGACUGCAGUGCUGUGUAUUGUGUCAUUUCAUGGAUCCUCUUUUUUCCCUUAUUAUUAUUUUUUUUAAUUUUAUAUUUUUCCAUUUCUUGUUAAUUAUUAAUUUUCAGUUCUUUGUUUCAUUGCAAAUGGACAUGUAGUGUAUAACUAUGUAUAAGGUUAAGGAUUCAGUUUCUGCUGUUUCUGUUACUGCUUGCCUUGUUAAUGUAACUGCAAUACUUUGGCCUGUUGUUAAUGGGGUUCAAGCCUUUCAUUUCAAGCUAGUUCUUGGA